AUGGAGGAGUCUGGCCUGCUGAAAGAGAGGCUCCACGCCAUCACUGAGAAGCAUCGUAUUCAGGAAGACAUUAGACGGAAGAAACUGGAACUGGACCAAGAAAAACUCAAACUUCAGCAUCUAAAGAAAAAAUCCUUGAAAGAGCAGUGGUUGCUACAGGACUCAGCUUCCCACAAUGCAACAGAACCCCGACAGCAACAGAACCUUCUGAGUGACCAGCAGAAGACCAGAGAACUGCAGCUCAGCAUCCACAGAAUAGAAACAGAGGUGGAGUUUCUGGAGAGGGAGGAGUCUGGAAUUUCUACCAAAGAGAGCUUCAUCCUCACCAGACUGAAGGCGAUAGAGAAGAGUCCAGGGGAUAUUAUCAAGGAGGCCCAGGACAGCUCUGUUCCUGAGCCUUCGCAAGUCACCACAGUGAACUCUGAUGUCCCAGAAUGCUUCACUCCACCAGCCAACAAACACUUUGAACUAAACACAGCACAAAAAACUCUGUUUGCCAUGGAGGUCAAUGUGAGUAAAAACCUGUUGACUGGAAAGAGCUCAGUGCUUUCUACUGCUACAGUUCCCCCUGAGGAGAUAUACCAACACACCGGGCUCAAAGUUUAUGAAGAUGACAGGAAGUGUGUGUAUGCCUUGAAUUCACAAGAGGGGUCACAUAGUCAGAGCUGUGUGUCUGAGCUGUCUGCCAACGAAGUGGAACAUUUACUGAAAAGUGCCACAGUGCAUCGCCAAGUAAACCACCAAAACUACCAAAACCAAAAUCACUGCAGGAGGAAGCAGCAGUGCUUUUCCAAUCACCAAGAAUAUGACCGAGUGGAGGAGUUGGACCUCAGAAACCAGCGAGGGAGUUAUGAUAAACAUCUCCUUAAAUCCUUUAGCUUCAGGGAAAACUGUCAGAGAAGACCAGCUCACUAUUGUCACCAGGAAAGCCAGAACAGAUGGCAGGAAAAGAGAAAUAACCAAAGCAAUCUGAGGGAAAGUAACUAUGGAAACCAGAAGAAUGGCCACUGCAGUUCAUACCAGUUAGUUAGGAGAGACGGGCCUGCUAGCCACCACACUGGCGGCAUCUUCAGAAGCAAUAGUGUCGUAAAUAGUAGCAGAGCCAAUGAGCGGCCUCCUCCCAGAUCACAUGACCAGGAAGCAGUAUCUGCCUACCAACCACAGCUCUGCUACACUCCAGCCAGUUAUAUUCCUCUAAAUGAUUACAUUAGUGUGGAUGAAGAAGAACUUUACUGCUACAGCCAUGAUGGGAAACCACCCACUGCCCAGUACAGUGAGCCCCACCACUUUGACACAGUGCCCUCCCCCCUCUUUGCAGAUGACACCCCGUACUCUAUCCUUAACGCCAUGGAGACCUCCGAGCCAAUCACAGCCAUCUUCAUGGGUUUCCAGACGACACAGAAUGACAGUGGGGAGGCUCAGGAGUUUGAGGGUUCACUGAAGGCAGAGAUAGUCGUCAUUGGAGAGAAUGAAGACAAUGAUGAAGAUGACAACAGCGUGAAAGAGAAGAAGAACUAUGUCCAGCUUGGGGGCGUUAGUUAUCCAGCAGCAAGUUCAUCCAAUGGGAACUUGGGGCGUUUAGAGGGAGUUGGAGACAGACGGACAGUUAGACGGGGCCCAGGGAUCAGAAAGAUCCAGAAAAAAUCCAAACCCUGCUGUUCUGUCUGCUAACGGGAAUAUCUCAUGCAUAUCUGAGUGUCAACUGCUAACUAGGGCUGCACCGAUUG